AUGAAUGAGGACGUUGUCGAUGAGGCAGCAGGUAACGAUGCACAGUCACCGAUCAAGCCUCCUUACUCGUACGCUCAACUCAUUGUGCAGGCCAUCUCCUCGCAAGAUGAUCGGCAGCUGACGUUGAGUGGCAUAUAUGCAUACAUCAGCAAGCAUUAUCCUUAUUAUAGGCCCUCUGAUAAAGGCUGGCAGAACUCCAUCAGGCACAAUCUGUCUCUCAACAGAUUCUUCAUGAAGGUACCUCGGUCACAAGAGGAACCUGGCAAAGGAUCUUUCUGGAAGAUAGAACCAACGUCAGAGAACAAGUUGAUCGAGCAGGCAUUCAAAAGAAGGCGGCAGAGGGUUGGCAUGUCUUUCAACAACAACAACAACAGUAAUGGCUGCAAUAACAAUGACCACUCGUCAAGGUUUCUCCUUCAAACUUUUCUAAUAACAUUUAAUCAUUUUUUAUUGUUUUUUAUAAAAUUGGACACAAUCUUUUUUACCAAUUCCGGUUUUGAAUAUGAUAAAAGUAUUUGUGAUCAAUAA